GGCGACUCCCGUUCAGUCUUCUCUGUUCCAUUCUCACUGACUGACGCACUGACUGAGCUAACAAGCUUGGAACACACUCACUAUGUAGAGCUAGCAUACAGCCAACCCAUUACAACACAGGAACGCACCAUAAUCAACUAAAAUAUGAGCAGAACCCUGACUGAAAGGAAAACCUGAACUUUCCCAGCACCUCUGUUGCUCGCUUUUGUGUGUAUUGUUUUCAAACUUUCCUAAUUCAGUUUAGUGCGUGUUUAUUGUUUUUGCAAAGUAACCCUCAACAGUCAAUCAGUUGUGAUAUGAAGAAAAUACCUGACACCCUUUGGGGCUUGUCCAGCAGUGCAAAAAUUUUCCUGUAACAAAAAAGAAACUGUGGAGGCAUAUCGUUACGAAUGAUAGAAUGUGAUUUCACUGAGUGAUAUUCCUGUUUAAAAAUAGUGCUCGAUAAUAAUUGUUGUAAAAAUAAAACAAAACGACUUUCGUGACCGACAACUCUACUGGAAAUCACAGUUUCAGUUACGUUUAGUAUUGUGAUCCUACCUCCGGUAGGAAUAAAGCUGGGACCCGAUAACACUAGUUCCAGUUGUUUGGUAUUGAACAGUACCAGUAAGCGGAAUCGAUUCUUGAAUCGGCAGUGGGCGGAAUGGAUAGGUUGGGCUGCCCGAGGGUAGCGGAAAACUAAACAAAGGGCCUGGGAAAGUGAACAGUGCUUGCCCGUCGCUGAUCGCAGAGCAAAAGUGUGAUUAUAUAACCCAUCAGCGUUGGGUAGCACAUCACACUACCGAAAACGAAACCGAAGAGCCGCCACCAUCGUCACCGGACGUGGGAAGAAGUAACCCGCAGCGUUCCCAGGGGCGAUCCCAGGAAACGUGUAGUAGUUUAGCGUGAGAAAAAAAAACAGCAAGAAAAGCGGCUGUCGUAAAACUGUUAGGGAUGAAGUCAGAUUUGUGAACGCAGAAGGCGGUGAUUAUCAUAUUUCUACUACUGCUGUUGGUGUUUGGAUUUGGAUGUGCAUUGGAAUAGACACACCCGGUGUUAGCUCGACGCACCGAAGGUUCAGAAUCAGACACGUUGGCACCAAAGUUUCCCAGCAGCUCACAUGGUUCCGGAGGCACACCACUUCCAGGUUCGGCUGAUCACAACCGAAGUGCGGCAAAAAAGGUUUUCAAUCAAUUGAAAACGUGAUAGAGCUGAAGCCCCCCUACCUAGCGCGUAGCACCAAUUGUUACCACAGCAGUUAUCCUCGGUGAAGGAGGAGGGAGAGAGAGAGAAACGUUUUAUAAAUGACCAGCUCCGUUGUUGUUCGUUUCGUGCCUGCUGAUGCUGGGUCGUUGGGAAGCAGUACCACCGGGUGGAUCAUCCGGCAGGAUCCAGAACCACUCCAGCUGCUGAUGAUGCAAGGGUGGCGUAGAAAGUAUGUUUGCCAUCCCGUGGCUUAUCCCACCCGGGUACAAUAAUAGUCCUCGUCGUUGUUAUUGUUAUUGAUGUUUGUUUUUCGUGCUAUAUUUGUGGGGAGCUUUGGAAGCAUAUAUACAAAAAUCAAAGAGAUACAUAGGCAGAGGGAGCACCGGAAGCUUUUCUCCAUUCGGUGGUAGCACAGCGAAGAGAACAACGCGCCAUGGGUAAUGGAAUGAAUAAGGUGAUGCCGGGUUUGUACAUCGGUAAUUAUCGGGACUCAAAAGACUAUCAACAAUUGGAUCGUUUCCAAAUCACGCACAUUGUCUCAAUACAUGAUAGUCCACGGCGUUUCCAUCCGGACAAACACUACCUCUGUGUGAUGGCCGCCGAUACACCGGAUCAGAACUUGUCGCAGUACUUUUCCGUGUGCAAUGACUUUAUCCACGCCGCCCGCCUCAAAGACGGAAACGUGCUGAUCCACUGUCUGGCCGGGAUGUCACGCUCGGUCACGGUCGCCGUUGCCUACAUCAUGACCGUCACGCCGCUGAGCUGGAAGGAAGCGCUGAAGGUGGUGCGCGCUGGCCGCGCCAUUGCCAAUCCGAACCUCGGCUUUCAGAAUCAGCUGCAGGAGUUUGAAACUAGCAAGUUGUUGGAAGAACGAAUUCGCCUCAAAGAACGCUUCCCGAGCCUAGCUUUGGAAGAUAAUGAUAAAGAGCAAUGUUUUGUAGCUUUAGACAAUUUUGAAGUUUUGUUAGAAAAUAAAGGAGUUUGCGAGGGCCAGUGCAAGUUCGGCAAAGAUUGUCCAACAGGAAUCUGCCGCUCGGAAUCGCGUGGUCUCCGCCGGAAGGCAACCCCACCGUCACCGAGAAAGCAAUACAACCUAUCCUCGUCACCGUCGACCUCAUCGCAGCUGUCGGUGCGAAGUGCUGCCUCAGCGACAGCCCAAUCCUGCCCGUCGUCGCCCCGGAAUUCGAAAGCCAUCGGAACCGGGAGCGGUAGUGCCGCCGGUCAACGGAACAAUCCACGGGCAGCCGGUGACUAUGCUGCUGAGAUUGAUGUGGGUGAGCUAAGUGAACUGCGACGCAGUUCCAGCAUCGUCAGUUCCUACCGACCGCGGAGCGUUCCUGCCGGGCUGUACUCGUACACGGGUUCGGCCCCUCCUUCCAUCCACGGUUCACGGGUCGAUCUGGCGAGUAGUGUUAAGAACACCGGUUCCGCCAUCUAUCUCGGCACCGGUAGUCCCUCCGGAGCUGCAUCGCCCGCAGUUAACCGUCGCGUUAGUUUAAGGUCAACACCAAAAUCCACACCAAGGUCCACACCGGACUCAUCGCCGAAGCCUUCGCCAAAGAAAACCGCACAGCCGAAGGCGACCAAGUCGCAAAGCAACGCCACACUCACUAUAACAAAAACAACUGCUACUGUAACGACAACAACAACAACAACAACCAGUACUACUACUACUACUACCAAUACAACUACUACAAGUAGUAAAAGUAACAAUGCAUCACCAGCCAAGAUACCUGUCAGCUCUAAAUCUACAGCCUCUAAAUCAGACGCCUCUUCCACCGCAAGUUCUUCUAAAGGCACAAAUGUCAUCAUCAGCACCACCAGCAGCAGCACCAAAUCAUUCGCUAAGGCGUCUCCAUCAAAGCAAUCCUUGAAUAUGGUAGAUAAAGGUAGCAGCGGAAGUAGUAACAAAAACAAAAUGACGACCAGUAGUAAAUCUUGAAUUGGGAACUAAUGCUUGUUGAAAACAGAUCAUAUUAUAGAAAAAAGAAUCACGCACUAUCACACGCUCACACACACAGACACAGAUUCACUUUUAAAGUGGAAAAUAUCAAAUAAGCAAAAAAAUCAAAUGUCGAUAUUUUGUCGGAAUAAGGAAAGAUAAUAUUGUACCUAUACAUAUAUUUACCACAUCGCAUAUGAACCAUAAAAGUAGCGGAUAGGACAUUUGGAAGAUUGCAACGCAACGCAAAGCGAACGUGCAAAGUUAGCAGAACAAUAAAAAAAACAAACAAACAAGUUGAGAUAUCAGCAGGUGGUCUAUAGUUUGAUAGCUAAUAGUCGAGGCGGGCGAAGUAUUCCACAACUAUAUUAAGCAAUUUUGUGAAGUGUUUAUUUUAUAUGAAAAACAAAAGUGCAAAAAGAGAAAUAAAAUUAUUAUGGCUUCUACCGAGUGAACGGGAAAAUAAA